AUGUCUCAGCGACGCUUCAGCAGUAGGAAACUGCCUGCGGUUUCUGCUACUCCUUCCCCUAAUCCCGCAGAUGAACAGGUCUCUGUGGCAGAGGAAGAACCGACUUCAACAGGGGAAGAUACUAGUUCUACUGAAGAAGAAACCUCCACCACGGAGGGAGAGCCUGCUGCUACUGAGGAAGAGCCUGCUGCUACGGAGGAAGAGCCUACUGCUACGGAGGAAAAGCCUGCUGCUACUGAGGAAGAGCCUGCUGCUACGGAGGAAGAGCCUACUGCUACGGAGGAAGAGCCUACUGCUACGGAGGAAAAGCCUGCUGCUACUGAGGAAGAGCCUGCUGCUACGGAGGAAGAGCCUACUGCUACGGAGGAAGAGCCUACUGCUACGGAGGAAAAGCCUGCUGCUACGGAGUCAGAAACUACUGCUCAAGAGAAAGGUUCUGCUCCUGGAGAUGAAAGCUCUAUCGCGGGAGACCCCAUCCCCGAGGGGCCACUUCCAAUUGCGACAAUUUCAACUUCGAAUUUGGCUCUAAGUCGCAACUACAAUUGCGUCCAGCUCGUGGAACCAACAGAAGACGGCAUCGCGUCAUAUAUUGUUGAGCUCCAGCCCAAUGUUGAUUCGGAGGAGAUCACAGAACAUAUCCAGCGGAUCCAACAGCUCUGCGCGGAGACAAGAGAAACAAGUGUUGGAAUCGAAGCACAUUUGGACACCGUCAUCUCUGGAUACGUGGGUGUCUUCACUCAAGAUCUUAUCAAGGUAAUCUCGAAGGACAGUGAUAUUGUACGCUCGGUGACCACGAACCAGGUCGCUGAAAUGUAUGGCGAUACAAUUAUCAUGAAGACGGCCAACUGGGGGGCUUCUCGGAUCUCUUUGGAUGGUUCCAACUGGAAGCCCUCUCUCAAAGCCGAUGGAAAGUGGCCAUAUCGUGUUUCACGAACCGAAAAGGAUGGAGAUAGGACUGCCAUCUUUUUGAUUGACGAGGGAGACUUUGACAGCAGUGAUUUUGUAAGUUCAAUCGCUCUUUACAUGAGUCUUCUAAAUCCCAAUCUUGUAUUCAUUACUCAUGCCCCUUUUCAGAUCCAACCGAAUCGAAUUUUGGCAGGUGACUGUGCCCAAACAACCAUUCCAGCCAGCCACGCUAGCAUGAUGGCGAACGUGAUGGCCGGCGACACUUUUGGACUAGCCCGGCGAGCCAAAUUUUGGCUGCACAAUACGCCUAAAUUAAGCAAAGUCUCAGCUCUGCUUGCAUGGGAAGCUAUCGCUAAGUUUGACUUCAAGGAAGCCAAUAUCAAGGCCGGUGCCGGAAUUAUGUGUUUGCCUUUUGGCUUUGCGGAUACGCCCAAAGAAAAUCAUCCGUUAGCUCGGGCUCUGGCUUAUCUUGUUCACACUAAAGACAUCAAGGUGGUUGUGGCAGCACCGAAUAACCAUGUGAGUAUCCUGAAGAAUAAAUCCAAUGUUUUUGCUGAUAUUUGA